AUGCCUGAGUAUACUCUAUAUAACUAUAAGCCGUCCCUGGCAGCUGCAAUCGUCGUUGCCGUCGUUUUCUUCAUCGCAACACUGGCUCAUGUCUUCUUUGCCGUCAAGCACAGAAUGAAGUUUCUUCUGGCUUUCAUUAUUGGGGGGCUUUUCGAAGUCGUUGGCUACGCAGCACGAGCAGUCAAUGCUCACCAAGCACCUGACUAUGCUACAAUGCCAUAUGCACUGCAGAGUCUUUUCAUCCUCCUCGGGCCGUCCUUAUUCGCAGCAUCUAUAUACAUGAUCCUCGGCCGUAUCAUACAGCUCACAGAUGGUGGCUCGAGAGCACUCAUCCGUGCAUCAUUGCUGACCAAGAUUUUUGUUCUGGGCGAUGUCUUGUCGUUUCUUAUCCAGAGCGGCGGCGGCGCAAUCAUGUCCAGUGCCAAAUCAGCAAGUAAGAUGAAGCUCGGCGAAAACGUGAUUAUAGUCGGUCUAAUCGUCCAAAUCGUCUUCUUUGGCUUUUUCGUCAUCGUCUCCGUCAUCUUUCAUCGGCGGAUUACUACAUCCCCUACAGCAGCAUCCAUGGAGGCUUCUGUCAACUGGAAGCGAUACUUGUAUGUGCUGUACUUUGCGAGUGUCAUGAUCAUGGUCCGGUGUAUAUAUCGGGUGGCCGAGUACAUCCAGGGACAAACAGGUGUACUGCAAAGCCACGAGUAUUAUGCUUAUAUGUUUGAUGCUCUCUUAAUGUUUCAGGUCAUGGUAGUGUUCCUGAUCUUCCAUCCUAGUCAGGUUGUGUCUCGAAGAGGUAAAUCGGAUGACACAGAGUUGAUGUAUGGGAGAUUACCUGAAUAA